UUAAACUAGCUUCGUUUACACGGUUUAUUUUAUUUUGAAAUUAUUUUAACAAUUUUUAUUAUUUAAUAUUUAAUGGCAAUACUGUUAAACAGAUAUCAACUAGCAGUUCCCAUACUUUUAUUAACUGCUAAGUGUUUCUCUUCUAAUAUCAUGUCCACAGUUACUGUGUCCGACACUAGUUUAGUUGAAAAAGCUAAAAAUUUAGCUCCACCACUUAGUUCUGGCAAACAUAAAGGACAGGCUGGAAGAAUUGGUGUCUUUGGUGGUAGCAUAGAAUUCACAGGAGCCCCAUAUUUUUCAUCAAUAUCAGCUCUAAGAGUAGGAGCUGAUUUAAGUUACGUUUUCACCAUAAAAGAUGCUGCUUUUGUGAUAAAAUCAUACAGUCCUGAAUUGAUGGUAUUGCCUUUUCUGGAUGAUCAAGAGGCUAUUGAGAAAAUUAGUCCAUGGAUUGACCGGCUACAUGUAGCAUUGUUAGGACCUGGUCUGGGUCGUUUGAAAUCAACACAAGGUAUAUUUGAGAAAAUCAUUGAUGUCUGUAGAUCCAAAAAUAUCCCAUUGGUUAUUGAUGCCGAUGGACUAUUCUUCAUUGCUGAUAAUCCAAAUAUAAUCAAAGACUAUCCGGCACCAGUCAUACUAACACCCAAUAAAAUGGAAUUUCAAAGACUAAUAGGAGAUAAGCAGAAUGUCACCAAAGAAGAACAAGCAAUACAGUUUUUGGAAAAAGUUGGGUCUAAUGUUACUUUGUUUUGUAAAGAUGCAACAGAUGAGAUUAUAACAAUGACGAAAAAUGUUAAGAUCAGUGGUGGAGGUUCAGGUCGACGAUGCGGAGGUCAAGGCGACAUGUUGGGUGGAGCCAUGUCAACUUUUUUAGCUUGGGCGUUGGACAAAAAAUGGGAACCUGCCGUCGCCUGUUACGCUGCCAGCAAGCUGACACGAGACUGCAACGCAAAAAGUUUCGCCAAAUACGGACGAAGUAUGUUGGUGACCGACAUGAUUCACGAGCUGCCUGAGGUUUUCAGGGAAAAUUUUGAAUUGAAAGACGAGCAAUUUAAUUAAUUUAGUCAGGGACGAAAACCGCUUUUUUGAAUAGGGAUUAAAGGUGUUUUUGCAUUUUGUUAUUGUUGGCCUAUGAUAAGAAAUAUAUUUUUUUGUUGGUAACCUUAAGAUUGUUGCUCUUAUUUGUAACUUUGUAGGGUACCUACCCAGGUCUGGAAAUUUCGCAGAUAUAUAAUUCAAGAAAAAAAUCCCUUCUAACUUUUACAUGGCACUUGAUAGAUUUUUUAAGCCUAAAUACCUAUUAGGAGAGUCAUUCAGCUGUGUAUUUUUUUAAAUUUAUGUAUUUGUAAACAUUUCUGUAACCAACCUGAAUAAAUCUUGAAAAUCUGUAGUUUUCAAAUAAAACAAAUACAUUUAUUGAUUACUGACCCAUAUUUAUUGAAAACAAACUCAAGCAUAUUCCUAUAAAUUAAUAAAUACAUAAUUAGCAACUAAAUAGUAAUUGAAUUCUAAAACAAUAGGUAAUAGGUACAAAAACCAAUAAGAAUAGAUAAUUAUUAUGAAUAAUUGCAUGAACAAACUUUACUUUCCUUUUUGUUCAACAGGUUGGGCUUGUUGUGGCUGCGCUUUGGCCGGUUCUCCAGUUUGGGUAAUUGGAAUGGUCUUAUGCUCAAUUUCCAUUUUCUCAACAGUUGGAGCAGUGAUGGUCAAAACUCCGUCAGAAGACAAACUGGAUGUAAUUUUUCCCAUAUCGCAGUUCUUUGGCAAAACAUAUCUUCGCACAAAAUGCCUGGAAAUAUAUCCAUGCUCGUCCUGUUGUUCCUCGUGCUUUCCUUCAAUGGUCAAAACAUUUUCAUCGGUAACUUUGACGGUAAUUUCUUCCGGUUUAAAUUGUUGAACAUCCAAGUUGGCUUGGAACUUGUCUUUGUCGAAACUCACUGUGGAACCGGUGUCUUGGUUAGCAAGUUCAGAACGCCAGUUUCUCAAAUAACCAGCUGGGGUUCUUGUCAGCAAACGGUUGUUCAGAUUCAAGGGUUGGAAAAUAUCGUCGUGGUUGAGUCCAAGUCCAAAGUGUUGGUCCAGGAUUCUGGAUGGCCUGCUGACUGGGUAGUCGAAUGGGUCACUGAGCAAGAAUGGAAUCAGAGACAUUUUUCUUCAAUAAUAAACACUGUAGACUCUUCAAGAAGAUAAUACAGGAUCACACACAAUUUUAUACGCGAGAACUCUUUUGUCGUUAUUUUCAGGUUUAUCGUUUCACUUGUAAACAAACUCUGAUCAUUGCGCAAGCUGGCGGACAAUUUAUAUGGUGUU